AUGGCGGCCCCCGCCGAGCUCGCUGCGAUGGAUCCAGGCGUUUUGGAUGACAUCGAUGCGAUGGUGAAGGAUCAGGAGCGAGUGGUCACCGCGAAGUUCCUCUCUCGCUCCCUCUCCCUGCCUCUGCGCCAAGCAAAAAGUGUGUUACAGGGUUACUGGGAGCAGCACAAGGAGGAGGUGACUGCUGUAUGGGUGGUGUCGGGCUGGGUUUGUAACGGGGAUGGGGUGAAAGCAGCAGCAGCAGCAACGGCAGCAGCAGCAGCAGCAUCAACGGCAGCAGGAGCUGCAGGGGGAGCGACAGCGAGAGGCGCAGGAGCGGAAGCAGCAAUGGUGAAGGAAUUCCGCAUGCGACUGGUGCCCUCCGCUCACCUCGCCGAAGCACAGGAGGCAAUGGGGGGAGCCUCGGCCCACAUCUACAGUGUGCAGCGGCGGUUACCGCGCGACCUGGCUGUUCUGUGUGCCGCCGAUGGGGCCAUGGGUAAUGGUCCCCCACCAAUCUGCCUGGAAACGCUUUCCAAGCGGCCCCACCCGUCCGCACACAUCACUGCUGCCUCCUCCGUGCCCUCCCGCUCUCCUGCUGCUGCUGCUCCCCCUGCUGCUGCUGCUCCUCCCCCUGCUGCUGCUGCUGCUGCUGCUGGUGCCGCUAAGAAAGAUCAACACGGGCAGCAUCCGGAAGCAGAGGCGAUUCAAUCGGGAAUCAAGCAGGAGAGGGAAGGAAGCAAGCAGCCGCCGGUGCAGCAAGGGGGGCAAGCGAAGCACGCAGAACCCGUGGGGGCAGUGAAGCCAGGCCUGCUAGGGGCUGCGGCGCUAGGCGAGUCAGGAAAUGCGGGCCAGCUAGAUGCAAAGAGAUUGAAGGGCAGUGGGGAGGGGUCAGCUGUGCCUCCUCCCCCUCCUGCUGCUGCUGUUCCUGCUGCUGCUGCUGCUACUACCACUGCUCCUGCUGCAGCUGCCAGCAAGCGAGAGGAUAAAGGGGCCAAGCAUUCUAGUGCUGGCGGUGCUUCUGGUGGGGUUGGUGUUGCUGACAAGGGGAAGAAGAAUACUCUCAUGGGCAUGUGGAAGAAAUCAAAACCUCAGGGCGAAGUGAAGGGAGAAGGAGCUGAAAAGGCUCGAGAAGCUAAAGCAGCUGAUGUUAAUGGUAAUGCUGUCCUUGGUGCUGGUAUGGCUGUUGAUGGCGAUGGUGGUGGUGGUCGUCGUGGUGGCGGUGGUGGUGGUGGUGGUGGUGAUGAGGAGGAGGAGGAGGAGGAGGAGGAGGAGGAGGAGGAGGAGGAGGAGGAGGAGGAGGAGGAGGAGGAGGAGGAGGAGGAGGAGGAGGAGGAAGAGGGAGUGGGGUUCUCAAGAGGGGCAGGUGGGCGGUUGGGAAGGCUGGGUGCAAAGAAGAAGCGGCGAUUUGCAGUGGAGGAUGAGGAGGACGAGGAGGUGGAGGAAGAGGGAGGGAGAGAAGAGAUCAGGAAGGAGGGGAAUGAGGUGAAGAUGAAAAAAGAGGAAGCAGAGGCAGCGGGUGUUGGACACAUAGAUAAAGGACAGGGGGAUGUAGAGAAGGUGGAAAAGGAUGUGAAGCCGCAGAGGACGAGUGAGGGGGCUGCUGGGGUGGAUGGAAGCUGUGUUGGAGGGGAUGGCAUUGCUGGUGCUGCUGAUGCUGCGAGGGAGGGGACGGAGGGAGAGGGAGGGGAGGGAGGGGAGGGAGAAGCGCGUGUUAAAGAAGAGGCGGAAGAGGGAAGAGUUGAGGAGGAUGAGAAGCAGGGAGGCAGGUUGUGUGAUGCGCGAGAUGAGGAGCGAGAUGAGGAGCGAGAUGAAGGGCGUAGUGACAAGGAGAGAGAUGAUGAGCGUAGUGACAAGGAGAGAGAUGAUGAGCGUAGUGACAAGGAGAGAGAUGAUGAGCGUAGUGACAAGGAGAGAGAUGAUGAGCGUAGUGACAAGGAACUGAGAAGCGGAGGGCGGAAGAGAGGGAAAGAGGAGGGUGCUCCGAUUGAGAUGGGCAAGGAUGGGAAGGGUACAAGCUUGAACAACAGUGGGAAGAACCAGGAGGACGGGAAGGGGGAGAGUGGGAAGAAGGUUAAGAUUGAGCAGGGAGAGGAAGAGGGAGCAGACUUUGGAGCUGAGGAUAUUAGGCUGAUGAAACAGGGGCGGAGAGGAGAUGAGGAGAGGGAUCAAAAGGAGUCGGAAGAGAGAGACGAGGAAGGGAAGGGAGGAGGAGGGGUAGGGGAAGAACCGGAGCAGGCUGCAUUGUUAAGUGAGGCUGGUGGGGGGCAACAGGACGGGCUCAAAAGAGGGAUGGCGUCUGAGGAGGGGAAGGAAGAGAAGGGAGUGAAGGUGAAGCGAGAGCAUGAAGCAGCAGAGGGAGGAGCUUUUGGUGUGGAAUCGAUUCGGCUGAUGAAGAAAGGGCGGAAAGGAAGUGAUGAAAAAGAUCAGGAGCAAAAAAGGCAGCGAAGGCAAGGUGGAUCUCAGAAAAGAAAGAAGGAGGAGCAGGAGGUGGAGGAGGGGGAUGGGGGGGAAAGGGAGGAAAAGGAAAAGCAAGAGGAGAAAGAGGUUAAAGAGGAGGAGAUGAUGGCAGUGGUGGAGUGUGCAGUGAGGCUUACUCCGAAAGCGGCUGGCGGGAUGAAGGGGAGGGGAGGAGGUGGGGAGAGACGGAUGGUGUGGAAGACUGAUAUUGACGACAGAGGCAGGGAAGUCACACGGCAGGUGCAGGUGGACGAGUUUGGGAACGAAGUGGCAGCAGAUGCCGGCAAUGCAGGGGAGGGGGGAGGGAACGGGGAAGGCGACAUUGAUAGGGAUGGGGCGAUAGGUGCAGGGGAGCCUUCCAACACACCAGAGGAGCCUGUGCUGAAGCAGAGCACCAGCGAUGCAGGUGAAGGGAGAGGGGAAGGUUAUGUCAAUAGGGAUGGGGGAAUGGGGGGAGGGGAGCCUUGCAGCACACCAGAGGAGCCCUCCAUCUGUCAUCCCAUGGCCGAAGCAGAGCUCAAGGUAUCGCCUGCUGCUCCUUCCUCUUCCCCCUCAUCCUUCUCGCGUCUGCCUCUCGGCCAGCCUCUCUGUCUUCCUAUCAAUUUACCCCGCGAGCCGUCCGAUUUGAUUCAACAGCCGGGCGGGGGAGACGCGGGGGAAAGCGGAACGGGGGGAGGCGGAAUGGGGGAGGCGCGGGAGGCGGAGAUGCGGCGGGAGAAGGAGGAAGCGAAUCUGGUGCGGCUGAAUAGACUGGCGGGGGGGAUGCCGGGGAGCGACGUGCGCGGAUGGAUCCUCUCCCCCAUGCACAUGGCCGCGGCGCACGGGCUGGGGGGUGCCAAGUCAUGUGUGGACGUGCAUGUCGGCACGAUAGGCCCGGGGAAGGUGCGAGGAAACCACCGCCACCACACUAAGAGCGAGUCUUUUCUCAUCUGGGGGGCAGACGCUCGAAUCCGGAUCGAGAAUCCUUCGCUGCCAGCUGGCUAUGCCGAGGUGAUGCUGGAUGCUGCUGACGUGGCGGUCUUCACAGGGCCAGCUGGCAGGGCGCACGCGCUGGAGAAUGUGGACAAGCAAGGCCGUACACUGAUUUUGUCCGCAUGUGCGGAUACGGAGUGGGACCCCGCCCAUCCCGACACGGACUAUCACAUUUGGAAGGACAUGUGA